UCGAGGCAAUAUGUCUAGAUCAUGUAACAUGUUGACUUGGACCAUUUAUUCGCUUCUCAGAUAAACAUACAAUGAUGGCAUUUCGCCCAACAGACGAAGAAGUGUUGGACGAUGUUCCAAGCAUAUCAAAAUCGUCAAGUACAUGUAGCACUACCAGUGGCAGUGAAACAGAUUUAAUUUGUUCCGGAGAUCAUGGAGAAUAUUUGUCUUCGUUUCCAACUAAAACAUCCUGUUGGAACAUUCAUUGUCUCGAAUCCCUUGGAAUCUUUUACAAUACAACCUACCACCCAUCCCCUUUAGAUAUCUUAAGCAUUGUUAAUGAAGAACUAGAAAUUUUUGGACCCUUGACUGAUGAUCAAAAAAUUUUGGUGGAAAAAAUACAGAAAUCUGUAAUAUUAAACACAAGCAUGUUCGAUGAGGACAUACAUUUUAAGACAAAACUUGUUCAGAAAAAGAAAAAAAAUGCAGCCAUGUUCUUACCUGAUCUUGAACAGAAUAUGAAGAACUUGAGCAAUGAUCCAUGCCUUGGGACUGUGAAAAAUUUCCUGCUCAAAGUGCAGCUUAUGAUUUCCUGCCAGGGUUCAUAUUUAUAUGGGAUAAGACAGACUGGUGCUCCAGGAGACAUGAUUGUUGACAUUUUGAAAGAGUUUUGUUUAAUGUGUGAUAUUGUUCCUAUUCCGGGUUCAGCCAAAAAAUGUAGCAUGAAUAUUCAUAAUGUGAAUGUGAAAUCUUCAUCAGAUGUUGUCCUUGUUCCCAUGAUGUAUCGUCUAAAUGCAUUUGAUAAAGAGACAGCAUGUAUAGUGACAUUUGUUGAGGUAUUUAAAAAAACCUUGCCGGCAGAAAUGGUACGAUUGCAGUCAGUUCGAGCUCAACAGAAAACAAGAAAAACUAGGUCAACUCCAGAUGGAAGUGAAAGUGAAAGUGAUGUUAAACCUGAACCAUCAAUAUAUCAAGAUGUUCCUCCUAGAUUCCUUGGACAACAUGGGGGUGACCUUUUGAUACAUAAAGAUAUUUAUGGUGGUAAUCUGAGCAAGGGUAGAAUGUUCCGAUACCUUCCAGGAGUGAUUUGCAUAGGAACAAGGGUUAUAUUUACACUCCUGAAAAUAGCAGGUACACAUUUGAGAGAAAUAAUGACAAUGUCUAAAUUUGACACAAUCAAGACCAGUAGUAAAGCUACCAUCUAUUAUUCAGAGCCAAGAGACUUGUUGAAGAAAGAAGAUAGAGACAUCUUAGUGGAGACAUUUGUAAGACUUAAUAAUAUUGAUGUAUAGGUGUCAUCAAAUUAUUUUUGUCUCAUGAAAAAUGCAACAUGAAUAUAUAUUACAUGUUUGAAAAACAUGAUUUUCAAAUGUUCCAUGUCUAAAAAGCAAAUCUCAUGACCAUCUUUUUCUACACAUUUCUGGGUAAUAUAGCUGUUCAAUCAAUUGUUUAGCUAUUCCAUUAUAUUAGUUGAUCAAUUUAGUUCUCAACCAAGCUCUACCAGUAAUAUGGUAAUACUAUCCAUCCAUCUGUAGAUAUUGUACAGAAAAUGAAAUUUUUUAAAUGAAAUAUUUAUUUUGUAUAUAUUAUCAUGAUUAUAUAGAUAUUUUAUUGAAUGAGCUGAAUUUAAAUUUAAAUGUGCAAUAUAUAGUGCUGUCUUCAGUGUGGUACCCUAAUAGACAAUUGACCUUUAUAGGAAAACAAUAUUUCAUAACAUCCCAGGCUCUUCAGUAAAAUUUAUGAUGAAGCUGGGAAUACAUGUGACUCUAAACCAAAUGGAAUAACAUCCUGUUUAUUCAGAUUUUUGGCAAUAUUUUUAUUUUCAUGAAAAUUGCGACAGAAUAGAUUUUGCAGAUUAAAACUCACAUUUUAAACAUUGAAAGCAAUAUACACAUAUAUGUAUAUAUGAAUUUAAAUGCAGCAGUUCCUAAAAUACUUAUUAUUAUUUAAUUGUAUCUUUUUCCAUUUUAUUUCAUGUUGAAAUAAUUUUUUUUAAGAACAUUGUGAUUCUUUGAAAGUUAGUGAUGUCAUUACAGUGUUUGAUGCAUAAAACUGUAAUUCUUUGUGUAUGAUAUUUAGAUAUGACGUCAAAUAAAUAAAAAAAGAUUUUUGUUUUGUUUAACAUAAAAGUUCUAAAUUGUAAUGCUAUAUAUAUGUAUACUGUUUAGAAUACCAAUGAGGUUGUAAUAAAUUUGUAUUUUGAACUA